UGUGUGUGUGUGUGUGUGUGUGUGUGUAUGCACGGUUGAGUUGGCUGUGGGGUUGGAGGGAGGGGUGAUGUUGGUGGGUACUGUUUGUGGAAGAACACACCGCACACAUAUAUCUGAUCACACACACACACAUACCCUUUUAGAGGGGCAGAGCCCUCUAAAUCCGCCCAGUCAUGCAGUGGAAAGAGUGCGGAGCGGACUGCCCAGCAGCCUGGGCGAGCCCAUGGACACUCCAUCGCUAGCGGGCAUCUACGGGUGGAGGAGCUGGACCUGAUCAGAUCUCUCCUGGACACCUGACAUGCCACAGGUGCCACAGACCAGUGAUGCUUCUAAUAGUGAUAGGCGUGUCCUUCCUGCUCCGGCCCCACGUGCUGGCCCUGUGGGCGUGCACCCGCUCCUGCCCGCCUCGCUGCACGUGCACGGAGGAGAAGAGCUGCAGCGUCCUGUGUGACCACCGGGCCAUGGUCGACCUGCCCAAGGAGUUCCCCUGCGAGGCCUCCGCCAUCAACCUGGACAAGAACAGCCUCAAGUUCCUGGCCGAGCGCGCCUUCGGCACGCUGCCCUCGCUGCGCUCCCUCUCGCUCGACCAUAACAACAUCUCCUUCAUCACCCCGGGGGCCUUCAAGGGCCUGCCCAACCUGGUCGAUCUCCGGAUGGCCAACAACGAGUACAUCCGCUACCUGCACACGCGCACCUUCACCUCGCUGAAGCGCCUGGUGCGGCUGGACCUGUCCAACUGCAACCUCUUCAGCAUGCCCGACCGGAUCUUCUUGGAGCAGGUGGACCUCCGCGAGCUCUUCUGCUUCCAGAACAUGUUCCGGCGCGUUCCGGGGCCCCUCCGGGACAUGGAGAACCUGACUCAUGUUUACCUGGAGCGGAACAGGAUCGAAGCGGUGGCCUACAACUCUCUGCUGGGCCUCACCAGUCUGAAGUACCUGAACUUGCAGGAGAACCGCAUCAACGUCAUCCACGACAACUCUUUCCAGGAUCUGCGCAAACUUGAGAACUUUUUCCUGAACGACAACCUGCUGUCUGACCUUCCGCAGUACAUCUUCAAGGGCAUCUCCUCCCUCAAGAUGCUCAACCUCGGCGGAAACUUUCUCACCAACGUCUCCAAGACCUGGUUUGGGGAUCUGGUGGAGCUGGAAGUGCUGUACUUGGACCGAAACCGGCUGCUGUACAUCGAGGAAGGCGCGUUCGAAAACCUCACCAGCCUCAUCACGCUGCACCUCAACAGCAACAACCUCACCGUCCUGCCCUUCCCCACUUUCCAGCCCAUCUACUUCGUUGCCCACCUGUACCUCUUCCGCAACCCUUGGGAGUGCGACUGCAACCUGGAGUGGCUCAAGGAGUGGAUGGAGAACUACAAGCUGGUGAGGGACAUCCCCUGCGCCAGCCCGUCCUCCGUGGCCAGCCUGGACCUCAGCGAGGUGGUGUACGCCCGCCUCAACGGCACCUGCGUGGAUCCGGUGGAGCUCAACCUGACCACGGCCGCGCCCGAGUUCCCCACCACUGAGAACAGGCUCAACAGCCUCAUCUCCAAGCUGCUCCAGCAGGAACUGAAGGAAGAGGCCACCAACUCAUCCGAGAGCCUCCGCAACGGAACGGAUCUGGCCGAGAGCCAGGUGUCAGCCGGAACACGCCUCUUCUGCUCCAGCCAAUGGCUACUGCUGUUACUGUUCGCUUGCCUGCACUUCGGCCAGCCAGACGCCUCGGUGGUAUUCUCUCAGCAUAUUAACAGGCUGUGAAAAGUUUGGCAAAGUGUUUUGAGAGAGUGAGGAAUCCAGUUUUCUAUGGCACUAGGAUGAAAGGGUUGGAUUCAGAGACUGGGCUGUCAACUAAAAUCCUGCUUUCCUGGAAAGGCUGAUUUUAAGUUGCUACAGUAGGGGAAAGAAAGAAUAUUCUCAUGUGAUAGAGUUCUGGACUACUUUUGGCUUCAGGGAUGGACAGAAUUAUGAGACUGAUGCAUGGCUUCAUGUAAAACAAACAAGCUAUCGUUUUACUUUACCAGUGCAGAUUAAGUGUGAAACAAUACAGGGCAUACCACUUACAAGUAUUAUUUUUUUUUUUGUGGCGAGUGGAAACGGCCUUACUAGCCAGAGAACAGCACUUCAUUUUGCUCCCAAAUCGUCUAAUACCGAAAUGACGGGAUUUGCAGAGUAUUAAAUUAAUGUUUAACACACACACACACACACACACUCUAAACGCUUUCACUUGCAUAACAUUCCAUCGUUUACACCAAGGUGAAGAUUUAUAUAUGGUAGAUAGCGCUAGCUGUGGCGCAGCAUCACUUUAACAGAUGGUAUGACGCGCUUGCUUUUUGCUAGUAUUCAUUCAGUGAAUUUUAGAUGCUCUAGCUUUUAAUGAACGCUUUAAUCUCUCGCCCUAGCGCCGGGCUUAUCAGCGCGGGCCAAGUAAGCUCCUCCAUAUCGUACGCAAAUGGAAUGGGUUUAUCUUUGCAUUUUUUCUUCUGCUUAUGGCAUCUUUGCUCGCAUUCAGGCACCGUAUUAUGUGGCAGUGAGGUCAUUCUUCGGCCGCGCAGACAUGCGUCUUUUCCAAGCGCUCUCCAGACACAUGGACCUUAAGAAAACAUCCGUAUAGUGUUGUAUUUGUGCACAUCAGGUCUGCGAUGGUGUUCUUCGUUCUGUUUUUAAAUUAACAGAUUACUUUAACCUGUGGCUCUGCUCACGUGUAUGAGAAAUUAUGCUGUCGGGAAAAACAUUCCGAAUUGUGCAUGUUCCAACACAUCUGCUUGAUCUUAUUCCAUUGCCAAUAACAAUUUAUGAAAAAUGAUUUCUAUAGGCUAUCCGGUUAAAUUAAAAUGCAGAGCAACAUGUAUUUGGCAUACGGGCUCAUAUUUGUUCGUUAGCACUCAUUUGCAAGAGAUUUGGUCCAACACUUGACAUGUCACUUGUCACACAAUGUUUCAUCUCACCUGUAAACUGACAGUGGUCUUCUCCUGAGACGGUUUUAUUCCGUCUUGGCAACUCUGCGAUGUUAUUUUGUUUACUAAGCAUAUGGAUGACAUUGAUUUAUGAGAUUGAUUAAGUAUUUCUAUGCGGCACAGAGACUGACCCCCAGGUUUGUGGUGUAAGAUGACUAAAGUUCUGAACUCUGAGAGAUGUAGACUAAUUGAAUCUGUAUACCAUCCAUCUGAAUAAAUAUCGUCUUUCUGAGUACAUCGGACUCACGCUUGCUCUUAAUUAUAUUUGGUGAUUUUUGCUUCUUUAUUCUCUACAAAACAGCUAGACAUAUUGAGGGGAGAGUUGCAUCACGGAGUCCUAUUUCUUAAUUUAUGUAACUAGGCGUGAAUUUUGUCCAUUGCCUAGAUUAAGUUACUGCUAUGCUGUGCUCUUACGGAGCACUGCAAAAUGACGACACUUCUCUUUGCUAUGGCCUUGCGUAACGUCUUCACCUAGUGAGAAGAACGCAGACAUUUGUGCGUCACUGCGGGGUGACUGAACAGGUUCGAACUUGGUGUGUCACAGCAAUGCUCAUGGCCAGGUAUUUCAGAAAUGUAUGUGAAAAAAGAUCUGGUGAUGUCACAAGAAGAUAGGACUAGCAGAAACUACUACACUAACUGCAAAGUUGUGAAAUCAUUCACCGUUCUUGUUUGUGAAUAAAACUCUCACUUAAAAAAGA